AUCAAUUUCUUCUGCCAGUAACUUAACAACCUUAAAUCUUUUUAUCAAAGCUGAUCAUGGCUUAGACCAACAUAUAUACAAUGCACUUACAGCAUCACAAGUUGCUGCAGUACAGAUAGAAGGUAAUAACCCUAUAAAUCAUUCCAAACGUGAUAUAGUUGUAUGA